GCUCGGCGGCGCCAGCCUCCUCCGCGGCCACUCCGCCUCUUCCCUCCCGCCGUCCCUUCCUUCUCUCCCUCCUUCCUUCCUUCUUCCCCUCCUCGCCGCCGCCGCCCAGGACCGCCGGUCGGGGGGGACAAGCUCCAGGCAGCAGCCAGACAGCAUAACCCCUACUGUAGAGCUAAAUGCACUGUGCAUGAAACUUGGAAAAAAACCAAUGUAUAAGCCUGUUGACCCUUAUUCUCGGAUGCAGUCCACCUAUAACUACAACAUGAGAGGAGGUGCUUAUCCCCCAAGGUACUUUUACCCAUUUCCAGUACCACCCUUACUUUAUCAAGUUGAACUCUCUGUGGGAGGACAGCAAUUUAAUGGGAAAGGAAAGACAAGACAAGCUGCAAAACACGAUGCUGCUGCAAAAGCUUUGAGGAUCCUGCAGAAUGAGCCCCCGCCUGAGAGACUGGAGGUGAAUGGAAGAGAAUCAGAGGAAGAAAAUCUCAAUAAAUCUGAAAUAAGUCAAGUGUUUGAGAUUGCACUUAAACGGAACUUGCCUGUGAAUUUUGAGGUCGCCCGGGAGACUGGCCCACCCCACAUGAAGAGCUUUGUGACCAAGGUGUCCGUUGGGGAGUUUGUGGGGGAAGGUGAAGGGAAGAGCAAGAAGAUUUCAAAGAAAAACGCUGCUAUAGCUAUUCUUGAGGAGCUGAAGAAGUUACCACCCCUGCCUGUAGUUGAGCGGGUGAAGCCCCGAAUCAAAAAGAAAACAAAACCCAUAGUCAGGGUACAGAGUGGCCCAGAACAUGGCCAGGUGAUGAACCCUAUUAGCAGACUGGCCCAGAUCCAGCAGGCGAAAAAGGAGAAGGAACCGGAGUACAUGCUUCUCACAGAGCGAGGCCUCCCGCGCCGCAGGGAGUUUGUGAUGCAGAUGAAGGUUGGAAACCAUACUGCGGAGGGAACAGGCACCAAUAAGAAGGUGGCCAAAUGCAACGCAGCUGAGAACAUGCUGGAGAUUCUUGGUUUCAAAGUCCCGCAGGCUCAGCCCACCAAACCAGCCCUCAAAUCAGAAGAGAAGACACCGAUAAAGAAACCAGGGGAUGGAAGAAAAGUAACCUUUUUUGAACCUGUCUCUGGGGAUGAAAAUGGGACUAGCAAUAAAGAGGACGAGUUUAGGAUGCCUUAUCUUAGUCAUCAGCAGCUGCCUGCUGGAAUUCUUCCUAUGGUGCCCGAGGUUGCCCAGGCCGUAGGAGUCAGUCAAGGACAUCACACCAAAGAUUUUACCCGGGCAGCUCCGAAUCCUGCCAAGGCCACAGUAACUGCCAUGAUAGCCCGUGAAUUGUUAUAUGGGGGCACCUCGCCCACAGCUGAGACCAUUUUAAAGAAUAACAUCUCUUCAGGCCACGUACCCCAUGGACCUCUCACAAGACCCUCUGAGCAGUUGGAUUAUCUUUCCAGAGUCCAGGGAUUCCAGGUUGAAUACAAAGACUUCCCCAAAAACAACAAGAAUGAGUUUGUAUCUCUUAUCAAUUGCUCCUCUCAGCCACCUCUGAUCAGCCACGGUAUUGGGAAGGAUUUGGAGUCCUGCCAUGACAUGGCUGCACUGAAUAUUUUAAAGUUGCUGUCUGAGUUGGACCAACAAAGUACAGAGAUGCCAAGAACAGGAAAUGGACCAAUGUCUGUGUGUGGGAGGUGCUGAAUCCCUUCUGGCCAUGAACCAUUGUAAAAUCCCCAACAUAUACUGAAAAUACUGAAACUGCUUUGAAAAUUUGGAAUUUCUGAUACCUCCAGUGGGCCGAGAGACAUGAUGGGUAAAGAACUGGAGACAGCAGUGGUGACGAAGGCGGGAAUGCAAGGAGGUGGCCAUGGCUGUGCUCACGUGUGCUAUGGUUUGUCCUCACACAGCAGCAGCUGUAGGGGAAGAGAAGAUGGGGCCUGCCAAGCAGCCCUGGCUCAAUUGGAAACCAGCAGGUCUAUGCCCUAGGCACCUCAUUGCUUGGUUUUGAGGUGCAUUUUUGUUUGUAUUUUUUUGCUGUGUGAAAGAAGAAAAAGAAAGCAGAAAGCACGACCCCUUCUCAAACUGGCUCACUCAAACACUUUGGGACAAAUCCUGGACACCCACGCCAGAGAGAGGCCUUGGACCAGCUGGCCCAGAGCCGAAAGCACCAGAGAAAAAUCAAAUGCUUCCUACUCAGCGCAAACUAAUCUUUCUAGCGUGCUGGCCAUCACCUUCUGUGGUACCUACACCAUCACAAUCACCACUGCUUUCUUUUCCAAAAGAGAUAUAUAUUCUGUGUUUCAUUAUUUUCUUUCCAUUGAAAUGACACUAUAUAAAUUUUCAUUUGAGUUUCUCAAUUGUAUCUAGUUACAUAGCACAGUUUAGAAACUUUUCUGAGACUGACUUUAUCAAUAAUCUAACUGGCAAAGAUUAAAUCCAUGUGUAUAUGGUUAUACAUUUUUAUUUUAUUGGACUAACCCAGGACCAUUUCAGUGAUGUAAAUUGUCUGCCCUCUGGUUUAGCUGAAACAGUCCUGGAUUUCUCAGAAAUCUUGAUGAAGUCUCCCACAGUUGUAUAAAUUGGACAGUUUAGGAAUUUUAAACUUUAAACAAUCAUUUGGCUCCUUUGCUAUUUCAUUUUUAAUGCAACAGGACUUAAAUGAACUUUGAUCUUUGUUUUAAAGGUUAUUAAAAUUGUGUGUAUAUACAUAUGGCUCUUGAGGACACACAGCUUUCACUACACUACAGGAUAUGAUCUCCAUGUAGUACAUAUAAAAUUGCAGAUUCGUUUUCCUGAGUGCUUUAUACUGUUGAUUACAUCUCCCUGUAGGGCUGAAAAGAAUCACCUACCUAUGUUUAUCUCUAAAACUGUUGCUUUUGAUGUUGUUACUGUGCACAGAAAUGUGUGCAGUAAGGUCCUGCCCAUGGUCCAGAUGGAAAGCACGGUAGCUUGCAAGUUAAGUACUGCUUUGAUUCAUUGUUUACGCUGGAAUUUUUCUCCCCAUGGAAUGUAAGUAAAACUUAGUGUUUGUCACCAAUAAAUGAUAAGACUAAA